AUGGCUAUGGAUCCUUCUGAGCUAACAUCCAUUCCCAUCUGGAUUCACCUUCCUGGCUUACCCUGGGAAUUCUGGACAAAAGAAAUGCUGAGCAAGAUUGGAAGUACCUGUGGAGCCCCUUUGUACUGUGAUCAGUGCACUCUAAGCAAAACCAAGCUGGAUUUUGCAAGGAUUCUAGUGGAGAUGGAAGCUAAUGGGGAGUUCCCUAAUAGGGUGAUUUUGCAGGAUGAAAGAGGAGCUCAAUUUUCUCAGAAAAUUGAUUAUGAAUGGAAGCCUCAGAGAUGUGAGGUUUGCAAAAAACUGGGGCAUUUGAGUAGUAAUUGCAAAGCUUUUCUCAAAAGCCAAGUUUGUGAAGAGGUGAGUACUGAGCAAAAAGUUGAAGAUUCUAUUGUGGAAAAGAUAAAGGAAGAUAAUACUGUUCCUAUGAGCAGCAAGAAGUCUAAAACUAAAACAAAGGUAUCUCCAAAUCCUUUUGAUGUGUUAGGCAAGGUUGAUAUCAUAGGGGAUAGAAUUACUGGGAGCCAAAAGAAUGGUUUGGGAGUUAUAGGUGAAGGCAGGAAAGGGAGAAUCCUUCCCAAACCUUUUGAAAUAGAUAAAUGA